CUGCCAUGGACACACUAGUAGAAGAUGACAUCUGCAUUCUGAAUCAUGAGAAAGCCCAGAGAAGAGAGGCAGUAAUGCCACUCUCUGUGUAUUCAGGGGAUGAAUCGGUCGCCUCACACUUUGCUCUUGUCACCGCAUAUGAAGACAUCAAGAAGAGACUUAAAGAUUCAGAGAAAGAAAACUCUUUCUUAAAGAAAAGAAUAAGGGCUUUGGAAGAAAAGCUUGUUGGCGCGCGAGUAGAUGAAGAAACAAGUUCUGUGGGACGAGAGCAAGUGAAUAAGGCCUAUCAUGCAUAUCGAGAGGUUUGCAUUGAUAGAGACAAUUUGAAGAACAAAUUGGAGAAAAUAAAUAAAGACAACACUGAAUCUUUGAAAGUAUUGAAUGAGCAGCUACAGUCUAAAGAAGUAGAGCUUCUGCAGCUAAGAACAGAGGUGGAAACUCAGCAGGUAAUGAGGAAUUUAAAUCCACCCUCAUCCAACUGGGAGGUGGAAAAGUUAAGCCUUGACUUGAAGAUCCAUGGUUUGGAACAAGAGCUGGAAGUAAUGAGGAAAGAAUGCCACGACCUCAAAAUAGAGCUACAGAAAGCCAAACAGACGGGUCCACCUCAGGAAAACAUUCCUCAGGACAGAGAUCUCAUCAGACGGAGCCUGUCGAGGGAGGAAGAUGGUCCACAUCAAGGCCUUCUCCACAGUGAUAAUAUGCAACAUGCAUACUGGGAACUGAAGAGAGAGAUGUCUAACUUACAUCUGGUAACACAAGUGCAAGCAGAGCUACUCAGAAAGCUGAAAACCUCAGCUGCAAUCAAGAAAGCCUGCACCCCAGCAGGAUGUGUUGAAGACCUUGGGAAAGACCUCGCAAAAUUGCACUUGACAAAUUUCACUGCAACAUACAAAAGAUAUCCCCCUUUGUCACCAAAUGGCAAAGCUACUUGUUAUGCUCCACCCUCCACUUUACCCGGAGAUACAAAGGUUUUAUCAGACAAAGCAGUUCUUCAGUCAUGGACAGAUAAUGAGAGACUGAUUCCUAAUGAUGGUACCGACUUUCAGGAGCACAACUCUUACGGCCGAAAUUCUCUGGAUGAUAAUUCUUGGGUAUUCCCAAGCCCUCCUAAGUCAAGUGAGACAACAUUUGGUGAGAAUAAAAACAAAACCUUCCCUUUAUCCAACCUGCCACCACUGCACUACUUGGACCAGCAUAAUCAGAACUGCCUUUACAAAAGCUAACUUGAUGGGACUCACCAUUUGAACAGGAGAACACUACCUUGAACUGGUUCUCGCAGAGAUUAUUCAGACUGAAGCAGACUUUGAUUAGAAUCUUGCAGAGUUCUCCAAUGUGUACAUUUGUACAUUCUGUACAACAUUAUGUAGUUGCAGUUCCAGUGUGAGAAACUCCAGUUACACCGUAGAAAACAACUAAAGUUUUUGCUUCUUGGUUUAAGAAUGGAAAUUUUAGACAUGGUUUUAUAAGUAUGUGACCUCCCUAAAUACAUAUUCAUUAAAUUAAAAAGCAACCUUUAUUAAUAUAAAACCAUGUCUGCUGCUUCCAAUUGUAUCAAGAAGCAAUGACAGUGUGACUAGGCUGUGCUUCUGUGACUUCCUGAUACAUACAGAUCUGAAAUAUAAUGGAAUAAAAGUAGAUUAUUAUGUCUAUGCUAGUGUUUAAGAUUUAAAAUCAUUUCUAAGUAAGAUGUGUAUAUAAUUUUAAAAUGCAAUUUGAAUUCUAAUACUUGACCAUUGGAGCCAACUUCUCCCCAGUAUAUUCAAAUCCUAAAUAGUUUAAAAUGAUGUAGUAUAUGAAUAAACUAUAUAAACUUAUACAACAUCCAGUUAAAAGUAGAAAGGGCAUCUCACAGGGCAGUCUCUUCGGUGAGUCAUAAUGAGUUCCUCUUGUGUGUCACUGUGUGGUCAUUUGCAGCAGGACAGCUGCUGGUUUUACACAGAGCAGCUUAUAUUUUGUUAGACUGUGACACUGAGAAAGUGAUUUUUAAUUAACUGCAUCUAGAACUAAAUUUUGUGCUGUCUAAUUAUGAAAUGUCUCCAAAUUCAUUCUGAUUGGCCAGUCACUUGUAAAUAAGUAAAGCAAUAACAAAGGUGGCUUCAUGUGAAAAUUCAUCUUAAUUUCUUCAGGGUUGAAGCAUUAAGAGUAUUAGUAAUUAUGUAUUACCUGUUUGAUGUAAGACUUUAUCCCUAUCUAAAUGGCAUUUCAUAUAUCCUGACUUUAAAGAUCUAUCUCAGCUCUCAUAUCAUACAUAGCCCAGCAGUGUUCACUAUUCACCAGUUAUUUCUGUAUUGGUAUUAUCUCACUCACUUAUUCAUGCCUGUCCAUGAUUAAUGGAAUUGAUGUCAGAUGCUGGAAUGCUUUCUGUACUCAAGGGAGUACAGGCUCCUGCCAAGUAACACAGCAAGACCCAAUAUGCAUAAAACAAAUCCGAGAUUCCAGGCUUUAGCUGAAGGAACUAACUACCUGUGUAAUAAGAAAGCAGAGACAUUUCUCAUGUGGCUGCAGAGGAUAUCUAUCAUCUCGUGUCUAAUGUAGCUUACUGGUUUGCCUUUUUUUAAACCAAGAUUAGAAGUUUUCCUUUGUAAAGAGAGUCUUAUAAUGUUUUGAACAAUGCCAAGAAAUUGUUUUAAUUAAAAUUAUUUUUGUUUUUAAAAUGGAA